UCGCGCAAUGAUGCCCCUCGUCGAUUAAAUUUUUGGACAAACGUUCUUGCAUUGGCAAUCAAUUCCGAUUCUUGGACGACUUGUGAGCAACCAAGUUGAGCUCUUCUUGUGUGGAUAUUAAGCUCAAUCGUACAGGACUGUAUGCGCGAAAAUGUCUACGAGCCCGAAAACCGCUAUCAUCUCUGUCUAUGACAAGACAGGUCUGCUUGACUUGGCCAAGGGCUUAAUCAAGCACGAUGUCCGCCUUUUGGCUUCAGGAGGGACUGCUAAGAUGAUUAGGGAGUCUGGCUUUGCAGUUGAGGAUGUCUCUGCUAUUACCCAUGCACCAGAAAUGUUAGCUGGCAGAGUCAAGACAUUACACCCCGCCGUUCACGCUGGCAUUCUUGCUCGCGACCUUGCCUCCGAUGAGAAAGACCUCGCCGAACAGAACAUCAACAAAGUCGACUACGUUAUCUGCAACUUAUACCCUUUCAAGGAUACAAUUGCAAAAAUAAAUGUCACAAUCCCCGAAGCUGUCGAAGAUAUUGAUGUUGGAGGUGUUACCUUGAUCCGUGCCGCUGCAAAGAAUCACGGCAGAGUUACCAUCCUCACAGAUCCCUCCGACUAUCCUGAAUUCCUGCAAGAGAUUGAGAAGGGCGAGGUCACUGAACGAAGCCGAAACCUUUAUGCUUUGAAGGCUUUCGAGCACACUGCCGACUACGACGCAUCGAUAUCAGAUUUCUUCCGAAAGCAAUAUGCAGGAGAAGGUGUUCAACAAAUUGCACUUCGAUACGGAGCAAACCCGCACCAGAAGCCUGCCGCUGCUUUCUCGAAGUUCGGCCCUCUUCCCUUCAAGGUCCUAUGUGGUUCUCCAGGAUAUAUCAAUCUCCUUGAUGCCCUAAACGCUUGGCCUCUCGUCAAGGAGUUGAAGACUGCUCUUGGUCAUCCAGCUGCCGCGAGCUUCAAGCAUGUCUCCCCAGCUGGUGCUGCCAUCGGUGUUCCUCUUACAGCUGAUGAGAGAAAGGUUUACAUGGUCGAUGAUAUUGAAGGCUUGGAGAAUUCUGCUCUGGCUCAAGCUUAUGCACGCGCUCGAGGUGCUGAUCGCAUGAGCAGUUUCGGCGACAUGAUUGCUCUGAGUGAUAUUGUCGAUGUCCCUACAGCAAAGAUCAUCUCAAGAGAAGUUUCCGAUGGUGUCAUUGCAGCUGGUUACGAGGAUGCCGCUCUCGAGAUUCUGAAGAAGAAGAAGGGUGGCAAAUACCUUGUCCUUCAAAUGGACCCAGAAUACGCGCCAGCUUCUCAAGAGUCAAGAACAGUUUAUGGCAUCACUCUGACCCAACACCGCAACGACAUCCUUAUCUCCCCCAAAUCCUUCACCUCCAUCAUCACACCAAAGGAGUCCGGACCUCUACCUGAUUCCGCUCUCCGAGACCUGACUGUCGCUACCAUUGCGCUGAAGUAUACUCAAAGUAAUUCGGUCUGUUAUGCUUUGAACGGUCAGAUCAUUGGUUUGGGUGCCGGACAACAAUCUCGCAUCCACUGUACCAGAUUGGCUGGAGACAAGGCCGACAACUGGUGGCUCAGAUUCAAUCCACGAGUUCUGGGCAUUCAAUGGAAGAAGGGUACCAAGCGAGCAGACAAGAGUAAUGCGAUUGACUUGCUCGUCAGCGGUCAACUGCCGAAGGAUGGUCCGGAGCGAGAGGGAUACGAAGCUUUCUUCGAGGAAGUACCCAAGGAGUUCUCUGAGGAGGAGCGCAAGGAAUGGCUCGGUAAGCUCAGUGAAGUUGCCGUAUCCAGUGAUGCUUUCUUCCCCUUCAUUGAUAAUGUCUACCGAGCCGGACGAUCUGGCGCCAAGUACAUCGCGGCACCAACUGGAAGUCAGAACGAUACACCUGUCUUUGAAACUGCAGAGAAGCUCGGCAUUACCUUUGUUGAGCAGAGCAUCCGUUUGUUCCAUCACUGAGAGGGUAAUGGAGGCCAAGUGAUAAAGGAUUUGUGGAAAAUGGAGUGACCAGAUAGAUACCCCCAUAGACUUGCUUGCGGUCAGCAAAAAUCAGGGGGAGAAUCAAAAACAUCCAACGUAUGCCUCACAAAUUCUGGUAGAUCUUAUUGGCAAGUAUAAGUCAUCG